GUCUUUGGUUCACAACAAGAACAGGGGUCCCUCGCCGAGUCUUUAAAAUUACAAUCCCACACAACAGAGACCAACAAAGAAGCUGAAACUCAAGAUGGGUAUUGUGGGUCUUGUAGAAAUUUCUCUUCAAUGCUUUGAUGUUCUUGCAUGGCCUCUGCUUGCUUUGGUGUAUCCUCUAUGUUGUUCCAUUAGGGUGAUUGAGACCAAUUCCAUUUCAGAUGCUCAGAAGUUGAAUACUUAUUGGGUUGUCUUCUCAUUGAUUUUGCUCCUUGAACAUGCUUUCUUGAAGCUCCUAGAAUGGCUCCCGCCGUGGCAUUACAUUAGGAUAAUGGUUGCCUUCUGGUUGGUGAUACCUCAUUUUGAUGGCGCCUUUUAUGUCUAUAAACAUCUUAUCUGUCCAUGCCUUACCAUGGACCCCCAAAGUGUUACCACCUGGUUCAACAAGUGGAGGAAGGAGUCGUUGUUCGUCAGCAAAGACGUUCAUGCUGAGGUGGAGAGAUAUGUAAAGGAGAAUGUACCUGAAGCUUUGGAAAGAACUAUUGCUUGCGAGGCAGAGCCUAAUCUCACUGGGACUGAAAACAACAAAUACACUUUUGGGGAGAUAAAAGGAAAAACCACGGAGGUCGCAGAGGGUGUAUCUGGUGAUGGACUCAAAAAAAUUAUUAUUAUGAAUUUUAAGGAAAACGUGCAAGGCCAGCAACAGAACACAAAUGAAGCUUUAAGGAUGAAGGGUUCCCGUCUGUGGUGCAAUGUUUGUAGUGUGCGCUGCCCUGGUGAGAUUGACAUGGCAUCUCAUCUCAGUGGAAGGCGGCACAAGGAAAAUGUGCAAGAGCAACAACAGAACGCAAGUAAGGCUCCAAUGAAGAAUGAUCCACCUCUGUGGUGCAGUAUUUGUCGUGUGCACUGCACUGGUGAGAUUAACAUGGAAUCUCAUCUCAGUGGAAGGAAGCACAAGGAAAAUGUGCAAGAGCAACAACAGAACGCAAGUAAGGCUCCAAUGAAGAAUGAUCCACUUCUGUGGUGCAGUAUUUGUCGUGUGCGCUGCACUGGUGAGAUUGACAUGGCAUCUCAUCUCAGUGGAAGGAAGCACAAGGAAUAUGUGCAAGAGCAACAACAGAACGCAAAAAAGACUCCAAGGAAGAAUGAGCCACCUUUAUGGUGCAAAGUUUGUAGUGUGGGCUGCUCUGGUCAGAUUACCUUGGCAUCUCAUCUCAAUGGAAACAAGCAUAAGGAGAAAGUGCAAGAACAGCAGAAUACAAAGAAGAAUGGGCCAGCUCUAUGGUGCAAAAUUUGUAAUGUGGGCUGCUCUGGUCAGAUUACCUUGGCAUCUCAUCUCAAUGGAAAUAAGCAUAAGGAGAAAGUGCAAGAACAGCAGAAUACAAGGUCUAUGGUGCAAAAUUUGUAGUGUGGGCAGCUCUGGUCAGAUUACCUUGGCACAUCUCAAUGGAAAGAAGCAUAACGAGAAAGUGCAAGAACAACAGCAGAUAUAGAUGUAGUGCAAUGCAAGCAAGCACUAUAAAGAUUAUGUACUAUAUAUGAAUUAAUGAAUAAGCCAGAGAUAAGGGCUCUUGUUAUUCUUAGUAAUUAACUUUCUUGUGGAAACAAGAAACUAAAAAGAAUAGGAUUAACUA